UCUUGUAGAUCAUUAGACCCUUUUGUUUGCUUGUUUUUCGAGACAAGGUUUCUUUGUGUACUCCUGGCUUUCCUGAAACUACCUCUGUAGACCAGGCUGGCCCUCUGCUUCCAGAGUACAGGGAUUAAAGGUUUGUGCCAUCACCACCUGGCCUAGACUGGUCACUCUUAAAUUAUAGGGAAAGUGGAUUUUAUGGCAACUGCUCAUUUGCGGGUGUUAUGUGGUAACUCGUUUCUGAUAGGAACGGGUUUUAAGAAGACCAUUUUGUUCCUCGAAAUGGAGGCAGCAGGGCUGACCAGCUGAGGAGGAGCUUUAAGUGAUGAGUUUCUUUUUAUUCCUAAGAGUGAAGAUUAUGAUAGGAAUUGCCUAUCACACUUAAGAAAGUUCAUUUCUAUCCUGACCCUGAAUGAGUCAAAGGCGCAUUGUAAGAACAUAUGUCCGAAGAAUACCAAAUCAUACCCAGCUAUUAAAUAGUGAGAAACCUUUUAUUUUUCAUAGUUUGGAGGUAAACUCAAUCAUGUAGAAAAUUCAAACUCGGAAAGAGAAGAAAGCAAGCAGAGGAACGGCCAAAAAUAUGAUAUAUUUAGUCUGAACAAAGAUGCACGUGGCUUGGGAGGAAAGAGAUAGUUCAGAUUAUGGAUGGCCUCUCCCUGAACUUUUUGAAGGCUGUGGUUGGAAAGCACGGGACCCGCCAACAGAAGGCUGAGGAGGAGCAACCAUGGACUUUGAGUCUCUUCAUCCACUAGCUUCCACAGAUCCCACAGUCUGGAGCCCCAGCCCUGCUGACCACCUUCCAUGAGAAGGGAAAGUGAAUCUCGAGGCCAUUGCUUACCUGGUGAAGGCCAGUUCUCAGGAACGCUUGUGAGGCCGUCCGGCAGUGUACACCCGGUUAUCUGGAACACUUGUGAGGCCGUCCGGCAGUGUGCACCCGGCUAUCUGGAACGCUUGUGAAGCCAUCCGGCAGUGUGCACCCGGCUAUCUGGAACACUUGUGAGGCCGUCCGGCAGUGUGCACCCGGCUAUCUGGAACACUUGUGAAGCCGUCCGGCAGUGUGCACCCGGCUAUCUGGAACGCUUGUGAAGCCUUCCGGCAGUGUGCACCUGGUUAUCUGGAACGCUUGUGAGGCCGUCCGGCACUGUGCACCCGCUUAUCCGGAACCCUGGUAAAGCUGUCCAGCCGAGUGCACCCAGUUAUCUGCAUCCGUCAGCUAUGUCCUUCAGCGCCACCAUUCUCUUCACCCCGCCCAGUGGCAGCGAAGGCAGAUGCUGCUGCUGUGCCUGUAAGAGUGAGACUAGCCAGGGCAGCUCGGGUUCUCAGGGUGGGAAUCCUCCUGCCAGCACCCCUAUCACAGUGACAGGACACGGCCUGGCGGUUCAGAGCACUGAACAGCUCCUGCAUAUUAUCUACCAGCGGGUGGACAAGGCAGUGGGUCUGGCUGAGGCAGCCCUGGGUCUUGCUCGCGCCAACAACGAGUUGUUAAAACAGCUCCAGGAAGAAGUGGGUGAGCUACGGCAGGGGAAAGUGUGCUCCGCCGAUGAAGAUGGGGAGAGCCGGGCCCACAGUCCACCACCCGAGGAGCCUGGACUGCUCAAGGGGAGUCCGGGGGAAGCCUGCAAGACACUCUCUGCCAUGGAGGAGGAGUGUGACAGCGUGGGCAGUGGCGUGCAGGUGGUGAUCGAGGAGCUGCGGCAGCUGGGGGCUGCCUCCACCGUGGGGCAGGGGCCUUUGGGCUUCUUCGCAGCCCCCCAGAGAGAUCUGCGGCUCCCGGGAUGCGCUCUGGCUGCGGUAGAGGGAGCCCCUCUGCUCAACCCUAUGGCGGACGAUUAUGUAGCCUCUGAGGGUGCAAUACAACGAGUGUUGGUCCCUGCUUAUGCCAAACAGCUUUCACCAGCCACACAACUGGCUAUCCAGAGGGCAUCCUCAGAGACAGGACCAGAAAGUGGAGCCAAGCUCCCGGGAACCCGCCCCGAGGAUAUACUUGGUUCAGCAGCCCUGGACAACGCCCUGGAAGAGUCGGGCCCCGGCAGCACUGGGGAACUGAGCCGUUCUAUGGGAUUUAUCAGCUCCCCAUGCAGGAUCCGUGGGACUGGGCAGAAAAACUCCAGGCGCAAGCGUGAUCUGGUGCUCUCCAAACUGGUCCACAAUGUGCAUAACCACAUCACCAAUGACAAGAGAUUCAAUGGAUCUGAAAGCAUUAAGUCCUCUUGGAAUAUUUCAGUAGUGAAAUUCCUUUUGGAAAAGCUGAAGCAGGAACUGAUGACCAGUCCCCACAACUACACAGAUAAAGAGCUGAAAGGAGCCUGUGUGGCCUACUUCCUUACUAAGAGGCGAGAGUACCGCAACUCUCUCAACCCUUUCAAAGGCCUAAAGGAAAAAGAGGAGAAGAAACUUCGAAGUCGCCGAUACCGGCUUUUUGCCAACCGGUCCAGCAUCAUGAGGCAUUUCGGCCCUGAGGACCAGCAGCUGUGGAAGGCUGUGACAGAAGAGCUGAUGUCCGAUGAGGAGGACAGUCUCACUGAGCCAGGUGUGUGGGUGGCCCGCUCCCCCCGCUUCAGGGCCCAGCGCCUCACAGAGCUCUGCUACCAUCUGGAUGCCAACUCGAAGCAUGGCACCAAAGCCAACCGUGUAUAUGGGCCUCCCUCAGACAGACUGCCUUCUGUGGAAGCCCAGCUCCUUCCACCCGAACUUUACAAUCCCAAUUUCCAAGAAGAGGAAGGAGGCGGAGGCAACGAGAAAGGACCUGUCUCUCCAUCCUUUGACCAGCCUCACAAGACCUCCUGUCCUGACUUGAACUCAUUCAUUGAAAUCAAGGUGGAAAAGGAUGAAUACAGUCUCUAACAAGGGUCCCUCUGGCUCCUGUCACUCUCCACAUACCAGAAACGGGUGGCUCAGAAAAAUGAGGCACCUCCUGCAGUCAGAACAAGCAAAUCUGCUUCUCUUAACAUAGUGUCUACUUGAAGUGGAAGCUGGAGACUCUAGUGAGACAGCAGAAUUCACGGGGAAGGCAGGGGAGAGGCCCCGCCCCUCCGCACCAAUGGCAAGCCCGGAAAUGCUUUUUUCUUAAGUAUAAACAGUGCCUCAGAGGAGCCUGGGAUGGGAAAGGGGAAUGGGCCAAAGAAACACGAGGCCUUGAUACAUGUCCCGAUCUCUGAUUUUGUUUGCUCCCUUUUCACCCCCCAUCCCCCACUCCAUUGUACCUACAGCUCAGGAGAAACACUGCGGGUCCUGUGCUGACCUGGAAGCAGAACAGACCAGCCAGGGAAAUACUGCCCCCUGGUGGGAGGUUUCAGUCAUGGGCUUUCUCUUCUGAGCAAGGGAAUAUGGGCUUACUGCUAUUUGGAACUAGGGUCUAGAUGUGCUAGUUAUUGUUUGAAUUUUUUAAAUGAUAGUUAUUAUUUGUUGGAUUAUAUGAGAAAAUUUUAUUAUUCCCAUAUUACAUGUGAUCAAAUUAAAACUUAAACAUUUCUCUUGUU